AUGGUUGCCGCCAGCGCGUCCGUUCGUGGGGCGUGGCUGGCCGCUCUGAUCGUGGCUCCGCCCGCGCGUCUUGGCGCCGCCCCCGACGGCGCGGUUGGCGACUGCUCUGGCGUCGCCGCCGUCGCGCCCAGUCCCGGUCCUCUCGGCUCCGGUGGCCCGCGUAUCCCCUUCCGCCCCUUUAUUGCUUCGUUCGGGUCAUCCCCACUCUGUGUCCGCGUUUCCCUCCCCCUGCGCCGCCCCACGCCGGCCCUCGCCGGCGGCGGGUCGCUGGUGCCGACGGCCGAGGCGCCGCCUGCCGAUAGAGGGGAAACCCUACGGCUCGCCCCUCCCCGUCGCCCGCUGGGCCUCGACUCGGCCGGCCGGGGCAUUCUGGGCCGCAGCCCAGCCCAUCUGCCUUCCGCGCCCGCUGGGCUCCCCUCACCCCGGCUGGGCCGGCCCGAGUUGGCUAGGCCGCCCCGGUGCCCUAGGCCCACGCAGUCGGCCGGCACGAUUUGGCUCCCUCGGGGGUGCCCGGUCGCCCCAUCUCUCCCCCCGCCGCCACGCCUGUUCCCCUCCACCAACCGCAAGUCUCUCCCCACCCGCACUCCUCCCCGCCGUCCCCCGCUGUGUGCUCGACCUCGCCUCCCUUCCCGCCGCAACAGCCUGCCAUGCGUGAGUGGAACAACGGCGAGCCGCGGCAGAAGCGGAGGUCGGAGGACUGCCGCGAGCCCCGCUGUCCUUCUCCUGAUGCGCUGCGCCGCGAGGAGGACUUGCGCCGGGAGCUGCGGGAGCUCCGCGACGGCCGGCGCGAUGACCAGCGUUCGCCGACUCGUCGUGACGCCGGAGGCCGGUCGCGCUCUCCCCGCCCAGCUGCUUCCAGCGACUGGCGUCCCCGCCGCCGCUCGCCAUCCCCUCCGCCUCGGCGCGGCCGAACUCCUUCCCGGCCUCGCUCGUCGCUCUCUGCCUUGUCACGCCCCCUGCUCAGCCUUCUGCCCCGGCCCCGCGGAAGUAUCUCCCACCCCACGCCGCCUCGCCUUUAAUGCCGGCCCCCUCGGCCGCCCCGGGCACCGGUCCUUCCCGCGGCCGUCAGGGUUCGUCCAAGAAGAAGAAGCACCGCAGUCAGGGGCGGGGCGCCCCCGCUUCGCUUCCCCCGGUGGCUCCGGGUUCAUCCCCGGCCCCGGGCCCGGUCUCCAACCUACCUCGUCCCCCGUGCUUCAAUUGCGGGGUGGCGGGGCACUCGCAAGUUAG